CCGCUGAUGACAAAAACCUGGCUACCCGUUUUUGUGCGUUGCAACUUUGCCACUCGUGAACUGGUAGUCUGAGGAGAUCCUUGCAACUAGGCCUAAACGAAGUUGACCGGAUGACAGUGAUGUGGGUGCAGACAAUCUGAGUCGGCUGUCGCCAAGAUGACUCAAAGAGCCGAUGCACUGGAGUUUGAGAAGGGGCGCAUCCGGGCCCUUCAGGAGGAACGUCUGCACAUUCAGAAGAAAACCUUCACAAAAUGGAUGAAUUCGUUCCUCCAGAAGGCUCGGAUGGAGCUGGACGACCUGUUUGUGGACCUGGGAGAUGGAAAAAAGCUCCUCAAACUCCUCGAAAUAAUAUCGGGCGAGAAGCUUGGCAAACCUAACAAUGGCAAGAUGCGUGUGCACAAGAUUGAAAAUGUCAACAAGAGCCUCGCAUUUCUUCACACCAAGGUGCGCUUAGAAAGUAUUGGAGCAGAAGACAUAGUAGAUGGAAAUCCGAGACUCAUCUUAGGUCUUAUCUGGACAAUCAUUCUCAGGUUUCAGAUCCAAGAAAUUGAGAUUGACGUUAAUGAAGACGAUGAAAGCAGUGAGAAAAAAUCUGCCAAGGAUGCGCUAUUGCUCUGGUGCCAAAGGAAAACUGCAGGGUAUCCGGGAGUGAACAUCCAAGACUUUAGCUCAAGCUGGAGGAGUGGACUGGGCUUCAAUGCACUGAUACAUUCACAUCGUCCAGAUCUCCUUGACUACAAUGCUUUACAACCAGCUGACCACAUCAACAACCUUAACAAUGCCUUUAAUGUUGCACAAAGAGAGUUGGGCAUACCCAGACUUCUGGACGCAGAAGACAUUGACACAAAUAAGCCAGACGAGAAGUCAGUAAUGACAUACGUUGCAUCAUAUUAUCACACCUUUGCUCGCAUGAAGAAUGAAAUGAAGCAGGGUCGUCGUAUUGCCAACAUUGUGGCACAAAUGAUGGAUGCAGACCAACAGAAGACUAGAUAUGAACGCUUUACCACUAACCUGCUGGAGUGGAUUCGGUUAAAGGUUAUCGAACUUGAAGACAGGAACUUUCCGAACUCGUUGGAAGGUAUCCAGGGAGAAUUGCUGCGGUUCAAGGAAUAUCGUACAGUAGAGAAACCACCAAAGUACAAAGAACGCAGUGAAAUUGAAGCACUGCUGUUCAGCAUACAGACGUCACAGAAGGCACUGGGGCGGCCGUUGUACACUCCACCCGAAGGCAAAAUGGCUCACGACAUUCAGCGUGCCUGGGAGCAACUGGAAGAUGCUGAACAUGCUCGGGAAGUUGCACUGCGGAAAGAGUUGCUGCGCCAGAACAGACUAGAAAACUUGGCCUGUCGAUUCGACCGAAAGAGCGCAGUGAGGGAAGGUUACUUGCGGGAGAUGAUCCAGGUCCUGUCUGACCCUCGCUAUGGCAGCAAUCUGGCUCAAGUUGAGGCAACUGUCAAGAAACAUGAAGCAAUUAGUGCAGACAUCCUUGCUAGGGUGGAGAGGUUUGAAAACAUUACGCAGAUGGCGGAUAACCUCGAACUUGAGAACUAUCAUGGGAAAGCAAGGAUUCGCAAACGUGAACAAGACAUCAUGGAGCGCUGGGAACUCCUACUGGAGCUGCUCGAGAAACACCGUGUCACUUUAAGCAAUGUCAGUCUGCUCAUGAGCUUGCUACGUGAAGCCGACACACUCCAUGGAGAGAUCAGAGACAUGGAGGGAAGCUUUCUAUCAGGAGAAAAGGGACGCCACCUCCUUGCAGUCGAAGACCUUCUGCAAAAGCAUGCCCUGGAAGAACUGCAUCUUGCAUCUCAAGGGGACGCCAUCAAACGGCUGACUCACCAGUCCAAGGCACUGUUGGCAGCACAAGGAGCGCCUCACAGAGAAGCUCCUGUACUGCAGAAAAAGCUUGAUGAACUCAACAGGGAUUAUGACAACCUUGUGAAGCUGGCAGCAGAGCGCAGGCACCAGUUGGAUGAGUCUAGAGCCUACUUCCAGUUCGUACAAGACCACGAAGAAGAGGAUGCGUGGAUAACAGAAAAACAGUGUAUUUGCAAGACUGUUGUGGCAGGCAAGGACUUACUUGCGCUGGUUUCUCAACAGCAGAAGCACAAGGCAUUGGAAGCUGAGAUCAAGGGUCAUGAAAGCUGUGUUCAAAAAGUUGUGAAAGCAGGAGACAAGCUCAUAGCUGAGCACCACAGCGAGGCCGCAGAUGUGGAGCAGCGUCUCGCUGUGUUACGUUCCCGCUGGGCUGAACUAGCUGACCUUGCGGCAUCCAAGCGGAAACGGCUAGAAGAUGCGUAUGAGGCCUUCCAGUAUCACGCUGAUGCCAACGAGGCCGAGUCAUGGAUGCGCGAGAAGCUUCCCCUCGUAACGAGCCACGACUAUGGAGAAGAUGAGCCAAGUGCCCAAGCUCUUCUGCAGCGCCACGGCAGCUUGGAGAGCGAGAUUAAGGCAUACGGAUCUGACAUUCAGCGUCUCAACGAUCAGGCAGACAAGAUGAUUAAGUCGGGUCUGGCAUCGUUGAGUCUCCUAGAUGCUGUGGCUGAAGAUGUGGAACCGGAAGAAGAGGAGUGGACAACAGUGCAACAACCCAAGGAAGAAUGGGUAGAAGAACUUGUGGAAAAAGAAGUGUUGAAGGAAGUUACCGAAGAGAGGAAAGUGCCCCAAGUGCGAGCCCUUUACCCUUUCAGUGGACAAGGCAUUGAGAUGCAACGUGGCGAGGUGAUGACACUGGUGCAGAAAACCAACAAUGACUGGUGGAACGUUAAAAAAACAUCAGGGCAUGAAGGGUUUGUGCCUGCCAAUUACGUGAAAGAAGUUGAACCAAGAAUUGUGAAGAAAACUGUCAAGCGUCCAGUCACUGUACCUGAGAAACGACUCGUGAAGAAAAUUGUUCAGACAACAACAAAGUCCGUACUUCGUAAACCAAAGCCAGAGAAGGCAACGAACCACACCAUCAGCAUCCCAAAAGACAGCCGUGGGUUUUGUCAGAGGCAGGACUCAAUCAAUGCUUCGUACAACAACUUGCUGAGUGCAUCUAAGGAGCGUCGAAACUACUUAGAAGAUGCGAUACGACUCUUUGGGUUCUUCAGGGAAUGUGACGAUUUUGAGACGUGGAUGAUGGACAAGGGAAAGCUCCUUACGGUAGAAGAUCCAGCUGAAAAUGUUGAAAUGCGUAAAAAGAAGUUUGAGAACUUUGUAACGGAUCUGUCGGCUAGUAAAGUGCGGUUAGAUGAGAUUGACAGAAUGGUUGUGGAACUGGAGGCCAACAAGCACAGCCAGAUGGACGCCAUACGUCGACGCAGCAAACAGAUACACGAGAGGUGGAACAGGUUGAACGGUUUGAAGACUGAGAAGGAAAAAUGUCUCGAGGGAGCUACAAGCAUCGAGUUAUUCCAUCGGACGUGUGAUGAUGCUCGAGACUGGAUGAUGGAGAAGCUGCAGAAGAUAGAUAUGGAUGAAGUCGGAAGAGACAUGAAAACUGUUCAAGCACUUCAGAGGCGACACGAGAAUCUGGAAAGAGAGCUAGCUCCCGUUGAGGAGAAGUUCAAUCGUGUCAACCUUCUCGCAGAUUCGGUGAAAGCAUCCUACCCAUCUGAACAGGGCAACGUCAUCAAGAAGCAAAAAGAAUUGCAGGAUAUCUGGGACCAAGUGAAGGACCGUGCUGCAGAAAGACGUUUGAGGCUUGAAGACUCCAGAGGCCUUCAGGUUCUCACCAACAGUGCAAAAAAUCUGCUGGCAUGGGUAAGCGAAGUCAAGGUUGCACUCAACAGCUUUGAGCCUGCACGAGAUGUUGCAACUGCCGAGGAUAACCUCAAGAAGCAUCAAGAACUGGGAGAUGACAUCAGAACACAUGAAGACGAGUUUGCAGAUAUUCAGGCAUUAGGACGAAAAUUGCUUCAGAAGAACAAAGGUAGCGAUGAAAUUCAGGCUACCUUAGUUCAACUUGAUGAGGAGCAGAAAGCAAUACACCGUGGCUGGCAAGAAAAGCUGGACUACUUGAGGCAAGGAGUUGACCUGCAGAUGUUCAAUCGUGAAGCCGAUCAGAUUGACAGUAUUACCAGCAGCCACGAUGCUCUGCUUGAUUUUGAGGACCUUGGGACAACCUUAGAUGAUGUUGAAGCGCUGUCCAAACGUCACGCGAAUCUUAUCAACACCCUACUCGUGCAAGAUCAACGCCUACAUGUCUUCAGCAGCAUGGCUGACAAGCUGAUUGCAGCUGGCCACCAGAAAAGCAAAAGAAUUGACAAGCGUAGAAACCAAGUUUUGGAAAAUAGACAAGCUGUCAAGGACAAAGCGUACAAAAGGAAAGAACUAUUGGAAGCUUCACGUGCUUACCACGAAUUCAAAGCGGAACUUGACGAGAUGCUAGCCUGGAUUCAGGAUAAACAAAAGCUCGCUUCCGACGAGUCCUACCGUGACCUUACCAACUUAGAACGAAAGCUCAAGAAGCACGAGGCCUUUGAAGCUGAGCUGAAGGCCAAUGGGGCACGGUUGCACGACAUCAAUUCUAAUGGACAGAGUCUGAUCUUGGGCAAGCACUACGCCACUGCGGAUGUGGAGAAAGACCUCACGCGCUUAAACCAGCAGUGGCAAGCACUGUGCGAACGUACGAAUGACCGUGGACAGAGGCUUCGUGAGGCAGCUGCACAAAGGAUGCACAACCGUUCUUUAGAAGAUGCAAGAGCAAAGUUAGACGAGUUUGAAGCUGCUCUCAAGUUGAAAGAUGUGGGGAAUGACCUACGUAGUGUCAAGGAGUUGCUGAAGAAACAACAGGCCUUGGAAGCAGAGAUGACAGCAUGGGAAGUCAAAGUUCUGGAUUUGGUGCAGUUUGGUGAAGAAAUGGCAAACAAGGGGCACUUUGAUGCACCCAACAUCCUCAAGGCCACCAAGAAUAUUAACGACAGGUUUUCUCAACUGCGAGAACCUGCAGAAGAGCGUAGGCACCAACUAGAGGAAUCCCUGAAGCUGCAUCAGUUCAAUUUUGACGUGGACACCGAAAAUCAGUGGAUCACUGAACACCUCCCCGCAGCUUCAUCGUCAGACCUCGGUCAGAACCUUAUUGAUGCGCAGAAUCUCUACAAGAAACAUCAGAAACUUGAGAGAGAGAUCCAGGGCCAUCAAGGAGUCAUAGAAAAGACUGUUGCCGCUGGAAAGACCCUGGUAGACCAACACCAUUUCGCAGCUCAGGCAGUGAAGGAGCAGUGCGAGGACUUGGAGGAUUACUGGAAGCACCUUCUCUCAGAAAGUGAGAAGAGGAAGAAGAAGCUUGAGCUUUCGCUCAAGGCGCAGACGUUCUAUUCUGAAGUCAACGAAAUUGAGACGUGGAUGAAUGAGAAGAAUGACGUUCUUACAAGCACCGACUACGGACGUGAUGAAGACGUGGCAGUGAAGUUACUAACGAAGCAGAAGGCCUUGGAGCUGGAGAUCGACACUUACACUGGCCUCAUUGUGGAACUAACUCACCAAGGUCAAACCAUGAUCAACCAGAACCACCCAGAUUCAAAGCUCAUCAGCAAUCGUAUGCAAACGUUGAAUCAGCAGAUUAAGAACAUGGCUAAGUUAGCUAACAUACGAAGGACGAAGUUGAUGGAAUCUAAGCAUACACACGAGUUCUUCCGUGAGAGCAAUGAACUGGAGGACUGGAUCAAUGAGCAGUUGCAGGCCGCACUUUCUGAGGACUAUGGAAAAGACUACGAACAUCUCUUGUUGCUACAAGCAAAGUUUGAAGACCUGAAGCUGCAGGUUGACACUGGGAAGGAAAGACUGAGCCAGUGUGUGACACUUGGGCAACGACUACAAGCCACUGAAGUUGCAAAAGCAGACGAAAUUGAGAAAAGACUUGAGCAGCUUGAGACACUGUGGCAGGCACUACUUGAAGCCGUGCAAGCUCGUGAUCAGAAGUUGCAGGCGGCAGGCGAAAUCCACCGUUUCAACCGAGAUGUAGCAGAGGCUCUAUCACGCAUUCAGGAGAAAUAUGCUGCCAUACCAGAAGACCUUGGACGAGACCUUAACUCUGCACAGAGCCUCGUCCGCAGGCAGGAAGGUUUCGAAAAUGACCUUGUGGCGCUUGAAGCACAGCUACAGGUUCUUGUGGACGACAGUGUAAGGUUGCAAGCUGCGUACCCGGGUGGCAAUGCAGAGCACAUUGCGGAGCAGCAGAACAUUGUUGUCAACAACUGGAGCACUCUGCAAGAAAAGGUGGCCCAGCGCAAGGAACAAUUGAAAGAGUCCCUUCAACUGCAAAAGUUCCUAUCCAUGGUGCGCGACUUGGAAACAUGGGCACACGGGCUGUGCACCACGCUUCAAGCUCAGGAAACUGUGCGUAGCGCCACGGGUGCUCAGAACCUGAAGUCAGAACAUGACCAAGUGAUGGCAGAGAUCGAGGCUCGUGAAGAAAGCUUCGGGGAUGUCGUCAAGUUUGGGAAGAUGAUGAUUGAUGAGCAGCACUAUGCCUCCCCUGAGAUUCAAGAUCGUCUGGUACAGCUGCUAAAGGCGCGCGAUGACCUGCACCUAGCCUGGCAGCGCAAGAAGGUUUACCUUGAUCAGCUUCUAGACUUGCACUUCUUCCUGCGCGAUGCCAAGCAGCUGGACACACUGAGUGCUCAGCAAGAGGUGUACUUGUCAAGUGGAGACAUUGGCAUGACAGUCGAAGAAGUCGACGCAAAUGUGAAGAAGCACGAGGCAUUUGAUAAACUUGUCAAUAGCCAAGACGAAAAGCUCCACACACUUCAACAGCAUGGAGUGAAGCUAGUGCAGCAGAACCACUUCGAUAGUCCUACCAUCCGCAAGAGGAUGGAUGAAGUGGCUGUCAGGCGUGAACGUGUGAAGAAUCUGAGCACUGCAAAACGCCAGAAGCUUUUGAAUGGGCUCUUGCUGGCUCAAUUCCGGAGAGAUGCAACAGAAGCUGAAGCCUGGGUAGAUGCCCAGGGCAAACGACUAGAAGCCGAAAUUGUGCGUGGGGAGGUGUCCUCUCUGGAAGAGAAGAUGAAACAACUGCAGAAGCACCAGGCAUUCCAGGCUGAACUGACUGCUCACAAAGGCAGUAUUGCUGCCAUUCAACAGAAAGGAGAGGAGUUGAUCAAGAAGGGUCACGAAGCAUCUGGUGAAGUUCGGCAACAACUUGAGCGGCUGCUAAAGAAGUGGAAUGCGUUGCUUCUGGCACUUCGCAAUCGUGGUCGAGGCCUCGAAGAAGCCCAAGAUAUGCUGGACUUUGAAAGCCAAGUGGACAAGGCCGAAGCAUGGAUUCGUGAUAAGGAACUCAUGAUUCAAGCUGGAGAUACUGGUGAGGAUUACGAACACUGUCAGGCUCUGCAAAGGAAGCUUGACGACGUAGACUCCGAUAUGAGAGUGGAUGACAGCAGAAUUAAGAACAUCAACACACUAGCUGACAAGUUAGUCAACCAAGGAAGGUCAGACACCCGAAGUGUACAGCAGAGGCGGCAAGAACUCAAUGAAAAGUGGAAAGCACUGCAAGGUGCACUGGACAACUACCGCGCAAAACUUGGAGCGGCUUUGGAGGUUCAUGCAUUUGCACGUGAUGUCGACGACACCUUUGAUCGCAUCAAUGAGAAGGCCAUUGUGCUGGCAACACAGGACGAAAGUCAGACACUACGCGCGGUUGAAUCCCUGCAGCGCAAACAGGAUGCAGUUGAGCGUGAGAUGACAGCUAUCGAAGCUCGACUAAAGGACCAUGAAAAUGAUGGGAAACGACUGAUGCAAAAGCACAGUGAAAUGGCAUCCCCGAUCCAAACCAAAGUAACAGAGGUUCGAGACAACUGGCAGAAACUGACAGGUUUAUGCACGUCAAGGAAGAACAACUUGGACAGUGCCUACAGGCUCCACAAGUUCCUCAGCGAAGUUAAAGCCCUUGAAUCUUGGGUGAAUGACGUUGUGGACCGUAUGAAUUCCGGUGGUCUGGGCGCCAACAUGCAAGAAGCAGAAAGUUUACUCGAGCUACACCAAGAACGAAAGGCUGAGAUUGAUGGCCGCCAAGAAGCAUUCACCCAACUCAAAGACUUUGGGCAGCAGCUGCUCCAGCAAAGGCAUCCACAGGCAGAUAUUUUGGAGGCAAACCUCCAGAAACUCGUGGAGCUUUCCAAGAACCUGCACAAAGCAUGGGAUGAUAGACAGAUUUCACUGAAGCAAAGCAAAGACCUGCAGGUUUUCAAAGAACAAGUCAAGCAGGCGGAGGUCUGGCUUGCAAGCAAGGAAGCCUUCCUGAACAACGAGGACCUUGGAGACUCAAUGUCAAGUGUAGAAGCACUGAUCAAGAAGCACGCCAACUUUGAAAAGACAAUGGAAGCUCAGGGAGAGAGAGUGGACCAGCUGAAAAAGUUUGCAGCUCAACUGGUUGAAGGUGGCCACUACAGUAGUGCAGCCAUUCAGGACCAGUGUCAGGCGCUCUGUGCACGUAGAGAUCGCUUGUGGGAAAGUGCCAAGCUCAGGCGGAAACGUUUGACGGAGUCUUCGCAACUUCAACAGUUCCUGCGCAAUUUCUACGAGGUCGUCGGGUGGAUGAACGAGAAGCUACAAGUAGCAUCUGAUGAAAGCUACCGUGAUCCAACCAACCUCCUCAGCAAGACAAAAAAGCAUGCAGCUUUUGAAGCUGAGCUCUCGGCGAAUCGUGGCAGGGUUGAUGCUGUGCUGAGCGAGGGAGGACAGCUACUUUCCGCAUCACACUACGCCACGCCACAAAUUCAAGGUCGACUGCAAGAGUUGGAAGACUUGUGGCGUCACCUGCUGGAUCAAACGCAGCUCAAAAAGGAUCGUCUUCGGGACUCCUAUCAGGCAUUACUGUUCAACUGGAUGUUAGACGACAUUGAAGGCUGGAUGGAUGAUGUCGAGACACAACUUCAGUCAGAGGACUAUGGAAAGGAUCUAACGUCAGUACAGAACUUGCUGAAGAAACAUCAGCUCUUGGAAACAGACAUUGCAAAUCAUAUUGACAUGAUUGAGCAAGUAAAGGACCAGGUGGCUAACUUCCAGAACACUGACCAUUUCCUGAAAGAUGAAAUUCAAGAAAGAGGAGAUGCUAUUAUUAAGAGAUAUACUUCGCUACAUGAACCGGUCCAGAUUCGUCGAGAGAAUCUAGAAGAAUCUCUUCUCUUGCAACAGUUCUAUCGUGAUGUUGAUGAUGAACUGACAUGGAUCCAAGAAAAAGAGCCCUUGGCAGCAUCAGCAGACCUAGGAUCCAGCCUCUCAGCUGUGCAGAGCUUACAGAAGAAGCAUCAAGGGCUAGAAGCCGAGAUCCAAGCACACGAACCACUUGUAGCAUCCGUGGGCAGCAAAGGAAAGCAAUUGCUCCGAAACAACCACUUUGCGUCUGCUGACGUCGAUAAACGGUUGCACGAGCUGCAGCUCAAGUGGGGUCGCCUUAAGGAUAUGACAAGCGUACGACGUCUGCGAUUGUUAGAUGCUAUGGAGUCGCAUACGUUCUACACAGAAGCAACUGAGUCCGAGGCAUGGAUCAAGGAAAAAAUGCCAAUUGUGACAAGUGCAGACUUAGGAAAAGACGACGACUCGGUGUUGGCACUGACGAAAAAGUUGGAUGGCAUCGAACGGGAUGUUGAUGCUUUUAGCUCCAACAUUGGUAGGCUUGCAAAGCAAAGUAUGGGCCUAAUUGAACGUGGACAUUUUGAUGGUGAGAACAUCAAGAAGAAGCAGAGCGAAAUAGAGGCCCUGUACGAGAAUUUAAUAGAACAAGUGCAGGAACGCCGACAGAAACUUCAAGAGAGUGGGAAAUUUUAUGCCUUCCUGCGAAAAGCAGACCAGGUUUCAGAAUGGAUCCAGUCGCAGAUGACUGUUGCCAGCUCAGAAGAUUAUGGCACCGACCUUGAGCGUGUAGAGAUACUGAUGCAAAAGUUUGAAGCAUUCCUGAACACACUUAACUCCAGUGAGGAGAGGGUGGCACAAGUUGCAAAUGCUGCACAAUCACUCAUCGCUGAAGGCCACCCUCAGUCGGAGGUCAUCCGCAGCCGCAGCGCGGAUGUUGCACGCCAGUGGGAUGACUGCAAGGAAUGCGCUGCAUCUCGCCAAGAUGCUCUUGCCGGUGCAAAGCAGGUGCACACAUUUGAUCGCAACGCCGACGAAACGAUUGGUUGGAUUUACGAGAAAGAUGCCGUGUUGUCAAGUGAAGACUACGGCCACGACCUUGAAAGUGUACAAGCAUUGACACGGCAGCACGAAGCCUUCCAGCGUGACCUAGCAGCAGUGAAAGCACAAGUGGACGCCCUAUUGCGUGAAGCAGAACGCUUGGCAAGCACAUUCCCAGAUGCUCAGGAACACAUCACAGCAAAGCGGGAUGAAGUGAUAGAAGCCUGGGGAGCACUUCUGGGCCACUCCAGGCAACGAGGUGAAAAACUUGGACAGGCAGAGAAGCUUCAGGCAUACUUUGACAAGUACCGAGAACUCAUGGCUUGGCUGAAUGAGACAAUGGCACGAAUAACGUCAGACGACCUAGCUCGUGACGUAGCGGGGGCUGAAGCUCUUCUUGCAAGGCACAGAGAAACACGUGGCGAAAUCGAUGGCCGAGCUGAAAGUUUCUCUCGCUUUGUCGCUACGGGCGAGGCCAUUAUUGCUAGUGGCCAUUUCAUGUCCGACGAAGUACGAGACCGUAUUCAGCGGUUGACAGAACUCCGCGACAUGCUGCUGCUGACAUGGGAAAGGAGAAACGUUAUCUAUGUACAGAGCCACGACUUGCAGCUUUUCCUGAGAGACGCAGAGCAACUUGAAGCCUGGCUCUCGAGCCGAGAGACCCUUCUACGCGACGGUGAUUUUGGCGAUUCAAUCGCGAGCGUUGAGGAACUUAUCCGCAAGCACGACGACUUCAUGAAAACUGUUGAGGCGCAAGAAGAACGCUUCAAUACUAUUAAACGUAUAACCAAGCUGGAAGAAGCAUUCCGCAAGCUGAAGGAACAAGAAGAAGAACAAAGGAAAGCAGAAGCCCAGAAGCGUGAGCAAGAAAGAAUGGACGCUAUGAAACGCAAGGAACAACAAAGGAUCCUCGAUGAACGCAUGAAGGAGGAUGGCUACCGUCGUACCUCACAAGACGCAGCACGCUCCCCAGGAUCGGACAAGCCGGCAGAUGCGCAGGAAGCACCGCCUUACGGUGCCCUGGUUCGGGCUGCGUCUCAGAGGUCACUAGACGGGGGUGAAAGGGCGUUGACGGCAGUUUCCGGAGCAAAGUUGACGACUCCAUCUGCUGUGAAACGAGCGGAGAGCAUGAAGCUAGACCUGGCAGGAAAGAAGCUGAAGCGGACGCCAAGCUUCACGACGCGGCGCCGCACGCAGAGCUUCCGAAGAAGCCGCGGCAAGGGGGAACUGCCACCCGUUGAAAUGGAGGGCUUCUUGGAAAGAAAACACCAGUUGCAGACCGGUGGAAAGCGAGCCCCAAUUCGCUCGUGGAAGACUUAUUACACUGUUUUGUGUGGGCAGCUGUUGUGCUUCUUCAAGGAUAAAGAAGGGUUUGCUGAAAGCAGUGCUGCAGCGCCGCCUGUCAGCCUAUUGCAGGCACAGUGCUCUGAAGCUACAGACUACACGAAGAAGAAGCACGUAUUCCGGCUACGGUUAGCAGACGGCGUCGAGUUUCUGUUUGAUGCUCACAAUAAGGAGUCCAAGAAUGACUGGGUAAACAAGAUAUCCUUCCAUGCUGCCCUGCCACCUAGUAUGCAGCUGCUGAGCUACGAUGAUGCACAGAAGUCGGGCUCAGGGGCAAGAUUGACUGUGCUGUCACAGUAUCGUCCUCCAUCAUCAGCUGACAGCGAUAUGAGCACACCAGUUGCGGACCGAAGGCCUCAGGAGCAGUCUAGCACCUCAAGUCCAUGCUCUUCCCCAGAACUCUAUCACAACAAUGGAACACCAGUGUCCUCGCACCCACAAGGUGUAAUAUUAAGGAAAACCAGCCAAGAGAAGCCUCCCAUCCCACCUAGGAAUUCUUCAAUCCGAACGUCAGAGGUGUCUGAUGGUGGAUCAGUGAAAAGCAAAAUUCAGAUGUUCCAGGGUCAGAUUGGGGGAAGCAGUAAUGUUCCCCCUCCACCAUCCUUCACGGGUGCGAUCAGUGGACCACGUGGUAGCAUUCAUGGAGCUUCCACUGGGCAGGCUGAAGAUCAGCAAACGCACAGGCUGUCAUUCACUACCUUCAAUGUGGGCAGUAAUCAAAAUGGCUUUGGCAGCAGACCAGAAUCAAUGGUGGCAACCCCGUCCGCAAAUAGUACCCCUCAUCGGACAGGAAAUGACAGUUCAAGCGGAUUAGAAGAUUCUCCCCCUGGACCACCUCCCUUGCCCAACCAGCCGCCUCCAAUGCCGAAACACCUGCAACGCAGAGACGAUUCCGAUUCUGACAUCGGAGGCACAAUGUCCGACGGAGAUCAUGAUUGGAGGACAGGUUAUGGCAAGAGUGUAGAAAGCAACGUGAGAUACAGAGAGACGUACAGCCCACGUGGUGAUACGCCAUCUGGUGCCACAGUUAUGCGUCAUGCAUCAUUACCAGGGAGUAGUGCUUCUCCACUGAAUUCAGUUCACCCGUACUCGCAAACACUGGACCGCCAAACAGUACCGUCCUCUGAAGGAUCUUCUGAAGGAGACUAUGGAGAAAAGAAGUCGCGCGACCGCAAAAAGGGGGUAUUGUCACUUUUCCGAAAACGGUAAAAAUGAACUGGGUGACACCAAAUUUUAUUAGACAUGUGAAGCCAACGUGUUUCUAGUGACAUUUUAUAAUAGCUGUUUGUAGAAUUAGAUGUUUCUAUGUUUAAUAGGUCCAUUCUGCAGUAAGUAUUGUAAUUUGCUGGGCAACGUGGUGCGUCACUGAUGUACUUGUGUGCUAUGUUUGGAGUGUCUUACUCUGAUAGAGUGCAGGACAAACCGGUUGGAAAUCAUUUGUACCUGCAUUUUUUUGGAAAUGCAUGUCUGCAACAGCGUUUAAUGCUGCGGCAUUUCAUCACCGUUGCUUCUUGAUAUAGCUGCAGCAGCUCCUAAUCAGUAUUCAGAGAAGCUUACACGGAUAUUUAUGGAUGUUCUGCUCUAUUUUAUUGGACCAAGCUGCUUUUGGCUGGAUAUGCCAUUUUUUUAGAAACCAAGCGUUAGCUGCAGAACUUGCCAUUACAUGUAGUGCAGCUAUUACAUUUUUUUUACGUCUUGUUUGAGGAAUGUUAGGACGGGACCAGUUUUAAAGUGCAUAUUUUGUUAAUUCCUUUUUACCAUUAGCAUGUGGUUAAAGAUACCUACUGUCUGUGUAAAUGAACAGACAGCAUGUAGAAUAAGCCACGCUAGCCUCUUGACUUAUAUUCACACAUACACAUCAAGAGCUACAAGUCUCUGUACACUGUUGCUCAGAACAAAAUGAAAAAAAAGCCCAGAGGUUUAUACAGUAUUUAGGUGUACCGAAUGCCUCGUAGUGCCUCUUAGUAGUUUUUACCGAUAACAAUGUCAACGUAUUGACAAACAUUGAUGGUCUUAACACGCUAUGAGGGCACAUUUAGUACACGACUUGUGGUGUUGACGUUCUCCUACCUGCCCUUUGUGACGUCCCAUCUGGCACUUACUAUUUCUACUGAACGUUUCCUCUGAGCAUUUCUACCCAUUCAUAACUUUCCAACUGAUGGAGGUAGUAGCUGCUAAGGUUGUGUGCAUCUCUUUUUGUUGUGUACAUAAAAGAUAUAUUGUUUUUUAUUGUACUGAGGUAACAUGCCAGUGAUGUAUUUCAAAACCACCAUAGGAUGUCUGUGUACGUUACCAGAGGACAUCAUUGCAGAAAGCGUGAAAUGCUCACAUACAUGUACUCAAUGUGUUAGUACCCCUGAAGAAAUAAUAUGGAGGGGUAAGGAUGGUGCUAUUGUAGUAUUUUUGUUUCCACUGUUGAUUUUAAUCAGACAGCUACUUAAACACGAAGAAGAAUGUAUUUUUGUGGAAGACAAAUCUUGCAGUGCCUACUGCUAUUUUGGGCCUGUGUACAUAGACAAGAAAAUAAAUGUUUUGUCUCAGGUA